AUGAAUAGUUCAAUUAUAUGGUCAGUUAAUGCAUAUGUUAGUGAUGAUGACAAUACUGGUGACACUAUCGAACAGCUUACUACAGCAUUUUCAACCAUUAUCCUAAAUAGCACAUCAACGCUGUCAUCAUCACUAUCAAAAGCUACAUUACCGAUACUAUCAACACAGUCAUCAACGUCAUUCUCAACAUUUUUAUUGUUAUCAUCACCAUCACCAUCAUCAUUAUCAUCAUCAGCAGCAACAAUAGCAAUAGCAGUAGCAAAAGCAGCAGCAUCAAUAGCAUCAUCAUCAUUACCAUCAUCAUCAUCGUUCUUACAGUCAUCAUCAUCAUCAUUAUCAUCAUCACCAUCAUCAUUAACAUCAGCAACAUCAUCGCUAUCAUCGGUGAUGCUUUCUGAUGAAAUGGAAGUUAUAGUGCAAGAUGAUUGCCGAUUUAGGCCUACAUUUGAAAAUUAUAUCACAAUUAUUUCAUUUUGUAUUAUUUUUUGCCUCUCUGUUAUUGGUAAUGCAGUUGUUGUCGCUGUCAUUUUGCAGCAACAUUCAAUGCGAUCAGUAACAAAUAUUUAUUUGUUAAAUUUGGCAAUAUCUGAUUUGAUGUUAUCAGUAAUUUGCAUGCCACCAACUCUUAUUAGUUCCGUUAUUUAUUGUUGGAUAUUUGGCGAUCUCCUUUGCAAGUUAUUUGCAUACUUACAACCAGUUGUAGUGACAGCAUCAGCUUAUACAUUAGCUGUGAUAGCAUUUGAACGAUACUAUGCCAUCUGCAAGCCUUUACAUUCGAGAAUUUGGCAUACUCGAUCACAUGCCUAUACAAUGAUCACUUUAGUUUGGCUUAUUUCUAUCCUGGCUAACUUAUUUAUGCUUUUCAUGUUCGAAUUACAAACUUAUAAUGUGAACGGCUUAACAUGUGCACCCAAGCAUCGACCCAUCCUUCAUUUCGGUUAUCAAAUAUAUAUGACCUCAGUAUUACUGCUUAUUCCAUUAUGCAUAAUGAUCGUUUUAUAUGGAUCAGUGAUACAUGCACUUAGAGUUGACAUGAAGAUCGAUCAUACUUCCACUGCAACAACUGACAAUCUCGGUGCUACGACAAGGAACGAUGAGCGACAUGAGAAUACCAUGUGUGGCAGCUUGAAAAUGUUGAAAAACAAGAAUAGAAAAAGUAUAAAUUCCAAUUCAUCAACGAAAUUCAAUUGCUUCAGUUGUUUUUAUACUUCAAUGAAGCAAAUACGAACUAAUUCUGAUGCAACAUCCUUAACUGCUAAACGAAAAAAUAAAUCGGUGGAUUUUACCAAUAAAAGUAGUCUUCGGUCUACUCACAGUGAACGGUCAGUUCUGGCCAAACAACGUGUUAUCAAAAUGCUCAUCGUUAUUGUUAUCAUAUUUUUUUGCUGUUGGACACCAAAUUAUAUGUGGUGGCUAUUGUUAACAGCUCAAGAUUCAUUUAGGACUUUCGAUAUUUGGAAUUCAGAAGUAAACACAGCAAUAACAGUACUUUGUUACAUAUCUUCAUGUGCUAAUCCGAUCACUUACUGUUUCCUGAAUAAGAAAUUUCGUACCGCACUUCUAGUUACGUUUGGUUGUUUACGGAAAACUCCGAAUAACUUCUCUACGAUUUAUUUACCCGAACCAGCAAUGGACACAUUGACACAAAAGAAAUCAAACGAUGAAAUGACAGCCUUUCGGACAGAAAGGAUGAGUCAGAAUAAUCAAUCAUCAAUAAAUGUCAUUCAUUCUAAAACGGUAUUUUAUGGUGCAGGUUCAACCACAACAACGAUAGCAACAACAACAACAACAACAGGUCAUCAGGAAAGGAAGAAGCCAGUAUGCGAGUUAUAG